UUUGUCCAAAGAACAUUCACAUGUUCCAAGAAAGUAAGAUUCAACACUACUACUCCACAAAUAUAACGUUCAAAACUGACAUAAACCAAAUAAACAAGAUAUCUCAAAAAAAAAAAAAAUGAGAGAGUGAAUUCAAAUCAAACAUCAAAACCAUGAAGAACAAUACAUCAUCAACUAUGGCUUCCCUCUCUCUUCUCUUUUGUCUUCUCAUAUCACUUGUCUCAUCACACGAUUCAAACCAUUUGCCAGGCUUCAUCUACACAAGAGCCACAGGAAGAUGCACUCCACAGUUUUGGAGCGGGAGAAAAGAGACAUGGCCAAGAAUGGUACCAGAAACAUCAACAGUAUCAAAUGUGUUUGGUUGGAGAGUGUAUAAAAAGUACAGAUCAGAUCUAACCUUACUUGAAGCAACAGCUAGGAAUGAUGAAGCUGAUAAUCCAUUUGGAGCGUUGUUGAAAGAGGGAACAACAGCAUUGAUAAAUUCAUAUGCAAGAAAAGGUUUUCCUUAUAAGCCUUGGCAGGUUAAGACUUUGGUGAUGCAAAGUUUUGUUUCUGAAGUUGCUGCUGCUUCUCAAGCCAAACAUUUCUCUUUGGCUAAUCAUGCUUGUUCUUAAAUCAUAAUUAGUAGUAUUAAUAUUCAUUGUUGCUCUCUGUUUUUUAUAUUUUUCUUAAAUCACUGCUCUGUGAUGUUAAUUUAGAAAUAUGAUGGUGUAUGAAUUAAGAAGGAUUGGAAAUUUUAUGUGAUGAUGAGUGUGUUUUUUUAUUA